CUAUAUUGAUUCCUCGACUUUUUAAAGAGGAGGGAUAGCUCAUUUCAAUGCUUUGUCCUAGAUAAACUUGUUGACAAAAAAAUUUCUUUGGUUCAACCUUAGGCUUUGUAAAAACUUCGGGACAACUUUUUUGGUCUCAUGCUUUCUUCCUUGCCAGACUUAUUGAAGCGGGAAGUUCAUUCUGUUAGUGAAAUAUAAAAUAAUAUCUUCGCAAGUUGGUGCUAAAAAUAUGAGAUGUUCAAAAUUCUGUCUUGACAUUGAGUUUCCUUACAUCAAUGGUGUUUCUCUUUCUCAAAGAAAAUAUGCUCAUACAUGCUCAAGGAAGUUGGGCUUUGUGGAUGCAAACCUGUCGAAUCUCUCAUAAAUAUUCUACAUAUAGCUAAUGAUUUUGAAAGCUACGAAGAUAUACCUCACCGUUGACAUUUGGUUGGUAAUUUAUCCAAUCUAAUUACACCCGUCUUAAUAUUUAUAUUUUUUGCACCUCAUAAAUUUAUUUUUCGACCAUUCCAGUUGAUGAAGCAUUCAAUAUGCAUCACCAUUGGGAUCAUGAAUUCAUAUUAAUAUUCUUUAUAUUCUCCAUCUUUUUCUUUUGAGCUUAUUACAGCACUGGAUGAGUCCCACCAUUGUUACCAUCUUCACAAGACAAGUUUACUCGAUCAUUUAGGAUUAAAUUGUGUUUAAAGUUGCCUAGCUUUUUGAUAAUACUACCCUAAAUUGGCUAAGUUUAGUAAGAAGCUCAAAAUCUAUUUAAUGGGUUUGAGACUUGAGCAACCGCACUUAAUCUCAAUCACAACAAACACUUAAGGUCUAUUUGGGAUAGUUGCAACUUUUUAUAAGGUGGUUAUAAAACUGUUUUGAGAAAAAUAACUUUCUUAAAAGCUACUGUAAAAAGUAGUUUUCUAUCAUAAAUUUUUUUUAAAAGAAAAAAAAAAAAAAACAAUAGCGAACUAGAAAUUGUUGCUGCAGUCUAAAAAUGAAAGCAACAAGAAAGUUGACCCAAAUAGACUCUUACCGUUUUAUUUGCAAUUUGACUAUGUUAUGAUGUUUACUUGCAUGUGUAUUACUAGCCAAUAUUUACCAAUUUCUCACUACAAUCAGGUUUUGUUAUAGUUUUAAUUACAAAUAGCAUCAUAGCAACCCUUUUCCAUAACUCUACAAUCAAGGUUUGUAUUUAAUUGCAACUUUUAGGUAAUUUCGUAGCACAAAGAACUUUUAGAUUCUUCAUUUCAUGGAUUGUGGUUGAUUGUUUAUAGUUUUACUGUUUAUUUAACUUCUACCAUUACCUCUUUUUUUUUAACUAGGAUUUGAUGAUGUUCAUAUUGUUCAGUUUCUCUCAUUACUCUCAUUAGCAUGGGAUAUUUUGUGUUUGGAUUGCUACUAGGGUUUAUUCAUUUCUGUUUCUUCUUUGAUUUUAAGUGAUCUCAGUGGUUACAAAUACAAAUACUCUGGGGAUCAUUUUGAAGUUCCAUUUGACUGUAGGGUUGAUCCUCCUAUGCUUGGGUACGCAAAGCCAUGGAUUGAUGAUGUUGUAGGUGACUUUUGUUGUCUAUUCUUUCCUUAUACACCGAAGCACCUGCAAAUUAACUUCUCCAAAUCCAAGGAUUUGCAGUCAAAAGAGAUAAAUAACAGCGAAGGCUUCAUGUAUGUUACCAUCAUUGCCUCACUUAAAGAAGCUCCAUAUGUUACGGGUUCCGCUCAUGCAAUAUUUGUCGGAGGUUUUUCAACUGAAAUUGAGCAGCUAAACUUGUCACGUAGUUACAAUCAGAGCCGGAUAACUGUAACUGGUAAUACAGAUUUGGAAUUAUAUUGGAAUCUGAAAGACAUUUUACUUGUCACUUCAAUUUCAAAAGAGGGUUCUGGCAUUGGAGGCUUUGCGGAAUAUGACGUCAAAGUUCUUAAAAGUCAAAGUUUCAAGGAUAAAAUUAUCUUUGUCCUUCCUGCGACUGGCCAAAAGGCUGAAGUUGAUGUGACCUAUGAGGAUGGAACAAGUGCUGCUUCAGCACGAGCCAGUAGCAUAACCUGGAGUGCAGUUAUCAUUUGUGUUAUUGUUUUGAUCUUAACGUUCUUUCUUUUUCUUAAGCUACUAGACAGACCAACCAGACCAGUAACAACAAGGCCAACUGCCCCUUUCUCAUCAGCCGUAACAGGCCCCUCAACCCCACAGCCUCCAUCAGCCCUUGCCAACAGUCCUUUCUCUCCAAGAACACCUCAGCCCUUUGUUGAGUACGUGAGGAGGACAAUUGAUGAAACGCCAUACUACAAGAGAGACGGCAGAAGGAGCUCCACUUAUCUAGGCAUGCAUUGGUCUGAUUGAGAUUAGCUCCUGGAAGCUAUUGAGGAGGGUUAGUGGAGUGCUGCAGUGGAGUAUUAAUGUUCUGAUAUUAAGUACUUGGAGCACUAGCAUUUCAAUAGCCUUUCCUUCAUACCGGCUGCUUGCUGGGAAGGUUAGGUAAGGGCUUUAAAUUGUUGAAAUUAGUAUGGUAACAUAUUUUAAUUUGCUGAAAAUUCAGAAACCAUUACAGUAAGGGCUGAAUCAGUGUUUGUUGUUGCUGAAAUCUAUAUUUGUGUGCUGAAAUAAGGGGAGUGAUCAAGGCUACUGUACAAUUCUGAAAUCAGCUAGAAUUGUUGAAACCAGUGAGGAAAAGGAAGAGGAAAAGCUGUGUUUGUUGAUAUUAGGUAAUGGUGGUCUGUUUUUUUUGCUAAAAUACUACCGCAGUUGCUGAAAACAGCCGCUGAACACAGUAAGAAGACAAAUUCAAUGGGUUGUGAUUGAAUUUUGUUAAGGAAGAGAGAGCUGAGGGGGUGGGUUGAAUGAAGACAUGUUUAGUAGAGGUGGUGUACAAAAGAAAAAGAAA